GGGGUGACGCGUCAUCUCGCCAUACCACGACCAUGACAAUCACAGAAUUCGCAGAACUGCAGUUCCACUCAGCCGAUUUUCUUUCCCAGCCUUCUUUGCGCGACCUCCUUCUGCGUCUACGUACGAACCAAGGCGCUUGGUCCGGGUUUCCCGUGUAUUUCUACACGAAGGACUCUGAAAGUGUAUUAUAUUUGAUCUCUGGAUGGCAAAGCGUCCCGGCGCACGAAGAGUGGAUCGCAAGCGAUGAGAAUCAGACGCUUUUGAAGCUGUUUGAGCCCCAUGUUCAGAUCACGGAUUUCGUGCAUCUGGAUGUAGAGUUUGAGGGUAUACUGAGUGCCGGGGAGGAGAGGUUGAGGUUUUGGAAAGAUGUAGCUGGGAACAUCGAUGAGAAGCAAUGGGAAGUUGUUGGAAAGGACGUUGAGGGGAAGAAAACCGAGGGAGAAAGAUAUUGCUUUUCUCAUGCCUGGUCAGACGAGUUAAGCGAAGAGGAUAUUAUUCAGAAAGUCUCAUUGUAGAUAUAGAUGCAAAAAUAAUCGAAAGUCUGAUCACUGAAGACGAAGUAUACUACAGCCACAAUACACUUAAUACUUGAAAGGACUCUACAUACAUUUUGACGACCAAGAAAUGUUUGAUUAGUCCCGACGAUCAAGCCAACGCAAGACCCAUAAUCAUUGCAACGCCCGCCCAUAACCCAGAUGCACUAAGACCUGUCGCUGCACUGGACGACCCAGAACCUGAUGCACUGCUCGAUGGACUAGCAGUACCACUACCUCCGGUUGUCGCCGCCGGCGCCGUAGCACUCGCUGC